AUGGAAUUUCCUGCUAUUUUGAUCGACUUACGUUUUCUCAAUGGUCUGCCUGAAGUGCAUUGGGAUCCAGACGAAAUCUAUAUCAAAGUUGCCGUGCAUUUCGGAGAAAGGGCCAGUAUUCGUCGGGAGUACCUGCAAAGAUACGAUGUUGUCUUCUAUGAGCGACCACCAAACAAAAAUUACUUGCUUUUCCACGACGAAGUUCCACGCAUAAUUCCGAAGUAG